UUUUGUAAUCGAGAACUUCCUGUUUGUGAUUCACUGUAGCAAGAAAACAGUUUUUCCUCAUAAAAAUGAUCCUGUUAGAAUUCCACAAUCGAAUUGUUCAAGAAACUUUGAUCAGCAAAUUUAAAAAUGCACAGGAAGGGUCCAAACCAGACACUGUAGAUGUCACAUGUGCAGAUUUUGACGGUGUUUUAUAUCAUAUCUCUAAUCCUGAUGGAGAUAAAAACAAACUUCUUGUUAGUAUCUCUCUGAAGUUCUAUACUGAUCUCCAGGCUCAUGGUGCUGAUACUUUGAUAAAAAGAGAAUAUUGUGACUAUUUGACUUCACCUGAAGCAGGUUACAAUGUUUCACUAUUGUACAACUUAGAAAGCGUUCCUCAAGAUUACGAAGAAGUAGCCAAGAAAGCUGCACUGUUAAAAAGAAACUGUUUUGCUUCUGUAUUUGAGAAAUAUUUUGAUUAUCAACAAAAGGGAACAGAAGGAAGAGAGAGAGCUGUCAUCCAUUAUAGAGAUGAUGAAACUAUGUAUGUAGAAGCUAAGAAAGAUCGUGUAACUGUUAUAUUUAGUACUAUAUUUAAAGAUAAUGAUGAUGUAGUCAUUGGUAAAGUUUUUAUGCAGGAGUUUAAAGAAGGUAGAAGAAAAUAUCAACAGGCUCCUCAAGUAUUGUUCAGUCAUCGUGAACCUCCACAGGAAUUACAGGAUACUGAUGCUAGAACUGGUGAUAAUAUAUGUUAUAUUACUUUUGUAUUGUUCCCUCGUCAUACAUCGCCUGCAGCUCGUGAUAAUACCAUCAAUUUAAUACAUACAUUACGUGAUUAUCUUCAUUAUCAUAUCAAGUGUUCCAAGGCAUACAUUCAUCAAAGAAUGAGAGCCAAAACAUCAGACUUCCUGAAAGUUCUAAAUAGAGCCAGACCAGAAAAUAAAGAGAAGGAGAAGAAGACUAUAACUGGACGUACCUUCAACAGAAAUUAGUUUAUAUAUUUUAUGUUAUUGGAUGGUACAUUUUUUAUGUCAGAGUUUUUUUCAGCUGAAAGGGAGACAGUUGUUUAAAUAUUUGAUAAAUCAGGGUUUUGAUUGAACUUUUCAUGUCACUGUCUAGAAGUAAAAAACAGUUGGUUUGAAGUUAAGAAAAGCUUAUCAGAGAAGUGCUAGUAACCCAAGCACCCAAACAUUAACAAUUCUCACAGACUGCUUCUUGUUACCAAUUACAACGACAGACUUAAUGAAGCUUAUCUCAAAAGUAAUAGAAGUCUAAACACCAAUGACAGAAUGGAUUUCUGAAUUCUGCUCUGAAAAGUAUUAGAUAUGAAAAGCUUAUCACAAAAGCUAAACAUCAAUACUGUUUUAAUUCUCAAAUGAGUUAGUUACUGAUGACUGAUUUCUACUUUGAAAAGUAUAAGGUAUAUCUGAAAUAAGCAAAUAUUUGAACAAUUCUUUCCCUUUUUGGCUUAAGACAGAAGAACAAACAUAAAACUUACUGUUCAUUUGAACAAAUUAAACAACAAAACUCCAGUCAAAAAGGAUUUUUUCUUAUUUUAAGGGUUUUCUUUGAAUUUAUUUUUUAAGUCGACGUAUCAUGAAAAACCAAUGAAGAUUUCUGCUAGAUAUUGAGUUUCAGAAUUUGAAUAUUAGAAGCUUCAACAGAACUGUAUUUUUGUAUAAAUAAGCUUAAUUCUUUUGAUAAUGUGUCACAAAACUGCAUCUAUGUAUAUAUUGAAUUUUUUUUCUAUUAUCUUGCUUGCGAAAGGACAAAUUCGCAAGAUGGCAUUGGAAUACUUCAGAAGUGUCAGGAUGCCCUUUCAAGGCUUGACCCAACAGUGGCGAAGCCAGGUGUAUGUCCCAAUGGGGUUGGGGCGGGGAGGCGAAAUGCCCGAAUUUCUAACCUAGUUAUGAGAUUUUUGCCCGAAAAACAGGCCUUCGGGGCAGUUGACCCCUCUGUCCCGCCUCCCCUCCCGCCUCCCCUCCUUGGCUCCGCCACUGGCACUCAAAACAAAUACCUCACAUAGACGUAGAAAAAGAGAGAGAGAGAGGGGUGCUACCGUUUAAGAAGUCCAGGCUUAAAAGAUAAGAUUUGAGGGUGUCAUCUACGCAUUCCAACUCACCCCCUCCCUCCUGAUAUAACUAGAAGAUAUAUUUAAUGACAUAUAAAUUGACUUAAAUUCUUCUAUUAUUUAAUCAUUGCUGUCUUACCAUCUAUUUCAUUAUAUAAAAUACUUAUAAAUAGUUAUAUAU